UUUCAGAAAAAAGAACCUUUCCGUUAAAUUUUUACUGUCUCCUUCAUUUUAUCGAGCUUCUGCAUCUGCGAAAAAACUCAGUAAGAAAUAACAAUUCCCACAAAACAAAACCCUAUUUUCAAAAUUCGAUGAUGAGAGGUUCGAAGCGUUUCGCCGUAUCGGAACCAAACCAGACUAAUACCACCGAAACGACGUUUCGGAAUAAAAGAAUAAUGGAAGGAUCUCUCUUUGAUGUCCAUAGGGCCGAACCAUCCCAACAAUUGAUGAUGGCAACACCCCCAUUGGAUAUGAAACGGGCAGGGUCUUCCCAGCAGCAUGUGAGAGCUUUAAAUACCCAGUUUGCGAGCUGGGUUCAAACACAAUUAAAGAAUCACCCUGAUGAGAUUUGGGAAGAUGGUGUCAGAGAUUACUUAGAUCAUGCUACAGGCAUUAUGGAAAAAUUUAGUGAUGUUGUCAACUGGCUCAAAACAAAUGCCUCCAACAACCAACAACAACAACAACAACAACAACCACCAAGCCUUAUCCCACUAAAUGGGGUUGGCCUCAAAGCAAAUGCCACCAAGGCAGAAAUUUCUACUUCUGGUGCUGGUGCCGGUGCUUCUUUUGCUGGGGCCACCAAGGCAGAAAUUUCUACUUCCGGUGCUGGUGCCGGUGCUUCUUUUGCUGGGGCCACCAAGGCAGAAAUUUCUACUUCCGGUGCUGGUGCCGGUGCUUCUUUUGCUGGGAAAAUGUUUUUGCCCGAAGUAACAAACAAAGAAAAUAAGAUUUUUGGAGAAAAAACUGAAUCUCCUCCUGUCAAUACUACUACAAGUUUUGGUAGUUCAUGGAGCCCUGGAGUAUUUUCAAACAAUCAAAACAUUUUUGCCUUCGGAAAUCAAAGUUCUGCCCCUUCCAACUCCAAUCCUUCCAACUCCAAUCACAACGCUUCAGAUGACGUGGAUGCUGAAAAUGACGAAGAGCAGCCCAGCAGCCCAUCAGUGAAGAAGUCAGAAGAGACCGGUGUUGCAGUUGUACAUGAAGUGAAGUGCAAGCUUUAUGUGAAGUCAAGUGAUCCAACCGAUAAGGAUGUAUGGAAAGAUAGAGGAAUGGGCCAUUUGUCCAUUAAAUGCAAAGAGGGGGUUGCUAAGGCUACAAAAGAGUCCAAACCUACAAUCAUUGUUCGAAACGAGGUAGGAAAAAUUCUUCUCAAUGCCUUGUUGUAUCCUGGAAUCAAGACAAGUGCACAAAAGAACUCCCUUGUUGCGAUAUUUCAUACUUCGGGUAAUGAUGAUGGUGGAGAUAAUGAUAGUGUUGUUGCACGAACAUUUUUGAUCCGGAUGAAAACAGAAGAUGAUCGAAAUAAACUGGCUUCAACUAUUCAAGAAUAUGCUCCAGUAUCUUGACAGUUAUGAUUGUUGUGCCAUCCCAGGGCAGUCAAAAGACGCAGAAUACUAUGUCAUCUUCAUUUUUUCCCUUUCACAAAAGUUGAAUUUUCUAUAUUGGAACUUAUUUAAAGGCUGUUUGCUUAUGAAUCAUCGAGAAACACAUAGAUCAAUGUCAUUGAUGUUUAGUUGUCAAUGUGAUACAUGCAUUUCCUUGGACCCACAGUUCUACUUUUUCCAUACUAUAAGCAUGGCAAAUUUUGAGUGAAUUGGAUAA